CUAUUCCACGCACGUGUAACUGCACGGACCGCUCGUUUUUGACGCACAAGUGAGUAAUAUCCGUAAAUUUUGCCGAACAGCUGGUCAGGAAGGCACACACACGUCGACAUCUCGAGACAUUGCGCGUUCGCGAGUAUUUGUGACGAUCCCGCGAGAGUGAUCAAGCCUCUUGUCUGGUGCCGAGGUGUAAGAAACGCGAUGCCGUCUGACGCGAAGAAAAAGCAGCAGCAGAAGAAGAAGGAGGCCGCGAAGGCCCGACAAUCCGGCAAGAAGCCGCCGCAGAGCAACAAUCAGGUGAAGACGACCGAAGAUGGCAAAGAACAGAGUCCGACGUUGACGGACUUGCAGAACGGUACGAACGGGACGGCUAUCAGUGCUGAAGAGGCAUUGUGUCUGAAAUUGGAAGCAGACGCCAGACUGAAUGCGGAGGCACGUUCAUGCACCGGGUCACUGGCUUCGCACCCACGCAGUCGAGACAUAAAGAUAUCAAAUUUUUCUAUUACUUUCCAUGGCUGUGAACUGCUGCAAGACACCAUGUUGGAGUUGAACUGUGGUAGACGUUAUGGUUUACUAGGUCUAAAUGGCUCUGGAAAGUCUACAUUGUUGGCAGUAUUAGGCAACCGCGAAGUUCCUAUUCCGGAGCAAAUAGAUAUUUUCCAUUUGACUAGAGAAAUGCCCGCAAGCAAUAAAACAGCAUUGGAAUGUGUGAUGGAGGUUGACGAGGAACGUGUGCGACUUGAGAAACUUGCUGAAGAAUUAGUAGAUUGUGAAGAGGAAGAUGCUCAGGAACAACUCAUGGACGUAUAUGAGAGAUUAGAUGAUAUGGCUGCUGACACAGCGGAAGCUCGUGCUGCUCAUAUUUUGCACGGUCUUGGUUUUACUGCGAAAAUGCAAAGAACGCCUACCAAAGACUUCUCAGGAGGUUGGAGAAUGCGCAUUGCUCUUGCUAGAGCAUUGUAUGUAAAGCCGCAUUUAUUGUUACUUGACGAGCCGACCAAUCAUCUCGAUUUGGAUGCUUGUGUAUGGUUGGAAGAAGAGUUAAAAACCUAUAAGCGAAUUCUCGUUAUAAUCUCCCACUCUCAAGAUUUCCUUAAUGGCAUUUGCACCAAUAUCAUACACGUUAAUAAGAAACAAUUAAAAUACUAUACUGGCAACUACGAGGCAUUUGUGAAAACACGAAUGGAGUUGCUCGAGAAUCAAGCGAAGCAAUACAACUGGGAGCAAGACCAAAUCGCGCACAUGAAAAACUACAUCGCACGAUUCGGACAUGGUUCGGCGAAACUAGCGAGACAGGCUCAGUCGAAGGAGAAGACACUAGCGAAAAUGGUAGCGCAAGGUCUGACGGAGAAAGUUGUGAACGAUAAAGUAUUGAACUUUUAUUUUCCAUCAUGCGGGACGAUUCCGCCGCCGGUCAUCAUGGUUCAAAAUGUCAGUUUUCGCUACAACGAAGACUGUCCUUGGAUCUACAAGAAUCUCGAGUUCGGAAUCGACUUAGACACCAGAAUCGCGCUGGUUGGACCGAAUGGUGCAGGGAAGAGUACUUUGUUGAAGCUGUUGUACGGUGAUUUGGUACCGACAAGUGGAAUGAUUCGGAAGAAUAGUCAUCUCCGAAUAGGCAGAUAUCACCAGCAUCUUCACGAAUUGUUAGACUUAGAUAUGUCGCCUCUCGACUACAUGAUGAAUGCCUUCCCUGACGUCAAAGAGCGCGAAGAGAUGAGAAAGAUCAUUGGCCGCUAUGGUUUAACUGGACGUCAACAGAUUUGCCCUAUUCGCCAAUUAUCCGACGGUCAACGUUGUCGGGUCGUGUUCGCUUGGUUGGCUUGGCAAGUGCCUCAUCUGUUACUGCUUGACGAACCUACCAACCACUUGGACAUGGAGACGAUUGACGCGCUCGCCGACGCCAUUAAUGACUUUGAUGGCGGCAUGGUUCUCGUCUCGCACGACUUCAGAUUGAUCAAUCAGGUUGCCGAAGAAAUCUGGGUAUGUGAGAACGGAACAGUUACAAAGUGGAGCGGGAACAUUUUGGAUUACAAGGAACACCUGAAGAACAAAGUCCUCUCCGACAACCAGAAGAGGCAGAAAGACCUCGCGAACAGAGGCAAAUAAUAAGGGGUUUCUCGAUCGUGAUCCGCUGUGUUUCCCACUUUCCACUGCACCAUACGUUUCGAUUAUAGGAAUUUCGUUCGGAAAAUCGCAUCAGGCUGAACACCGAGUGCACGCUGCUGUGUAGCGUGACGGUGCAGCAGUAAGGUUACUUAGUUAAUUUAUUAAAAUAUUAGGCCAAAAUUAUAUCCUCCGCUCCCAUCAAACCGCAAAUGAUCGCAUUGCGGCGCACUUCUUGCUACGAUGUAAGUCUAAAAUGUGUCGAAGGAAACAUGUCGCACGGAAGUGCAGAUAAAACUUAAUUAAGUAGAUUACCAAUGCACGAAAAUGAAGAAUGAUUACGAAUGACUUGGAGAAGAAGAAACAAGUAAUGUCUCUUUUGUGGUCAACUGUAUUACAAAUUUCUGUUCUUAUAGUCUAUAUAAAAUAAUUUGAUUCUCUCUUGCAAGGAUAUAAAAUAUUGUAACAUGUACAAACAUACAGGUACAAUGGAUUACAUAGUUCCAAAAUACAUUUUUAUCUAUGCAUAUAC